AUGGGAACGGGGAUAGUCUCAGUUCUCCUUCACAACCUGCCUUACAACGCAACGUGGAUCUCACAUGGUCUUGCCGGUGCCUUUUUCGUGCUCAACAUCGCUCUGUUUACCGUAUUCACCGUCAUCACAGUGCUGCGGUACGCAUUGUACCCCGAGAUCUGGAAGGCCAUGGUUGUACACCCUGCCCAGUCCAUGUUUCUUGGCUGUUUCCCUAUGGGGUUUGCCACCAUAAUCAACAUGAUGAUAUUUGUGUGUGCACCUGCCUGGGGCCAGUGGGUGGUGAAUUGGGCAUGGGCAUUUUGGUGGCUUGAUGCCGCUCUGUCAAUGGCAACAUGCAUUUCGGUGCCAUUCGUCAUGAUUCAUCAACACCGUCCGGGACUUCAAGCAGUAACAGCCGCAAGUCUUCUCCCAAUUGUGCCAGUCGUAGUCGCAUCUUCAACUGGCGGCAUCGUCGCCGAGGCCCUCUCAAACCCAUCUCACGCCUUCACAACCCUGAUCGCAUCCUACGUUCUCUGGGGUAUCGGCAUCUGCUUCUCGGGCAUGGUCCUCGCGCUCUACUUCCACCGCCUGACGAUCCACAGCCUCCCGCCCAAAGAGGCCAUCGUCUCCGUGUUCCUGCCCAUCGGACCCCUGGGCCAGGGCGGCUUCGGCAUCCAGCAGCUCGGAAAGGUGUCCCUGAAGCUCUUCCCCCAGACUGCGGCUCUGACAGCGGCGGCUCCGGAGGCGGUGCACGGCGGAGAGAUUCUCUACUUUAUCGGACUCUUCCUGGCGCUCGUCAUGUGGGGCUUCGCCCUCGUCUGGUUGUCGUUUGCUCUUAUCAGCCUUGCUACAAUGGAGAAGAUUCCUUUCAACAUGGGUUGGUGGGGGUUUACGUUCCCGCUGGGCGUGUUGGCGACCUGCACCGGCAUGCUGGCCCAGGACUUGGACAGCCCCUUUUUCAGGGUCAUGACCAUGAUCUUCUCGCUCUCUGUAUGCUUCCUCUGGCUGCUGGUUGCGGUGAGAACACUUCAUCAGGCUAUUUCUGGGGAAAUUUUCUUUGCGCCGUGCCUGAAGGAUAUCCGAGACAAGCAAGCGCAGGCAGGAUCGGAUAGAAGAGUUUGA